UCCUUUCCGCCGCCCCCCCUUUUCCAUCCACAUACUCACUACUGAACACGACCUGCCGCUUGCCACAUCUGGAGACGCUUCCCAACACGAGAAACUUCAACUUUUGCAUUUACUCUGCGCAGCAGCACUCAGGCGUUUGCGAUUUAUCUGUCCGUCAGGGUGAAGUUGGGCUUUCUCUUCAUAGUAAGUAGAGAUUCUUGAAGUCAAGUUGGCGACUUUCUCUUCCUCUGGGCUUUUUUACAUCACCACUGGCAAACAGAGCCCGUUUUUGGGGAGUUUCAUACAUUCGGUUGCUGUAGAGCUGCCACGCUAGAUUUUGAUGGGGUUGACCGCGAUUUCUGGAAAUGACAAACACCACAUUUCCAGGUUGUGUUUUCACAACGCGUAAAAGCGAAGCGUAAUGAAGUAAAGGGAAGUGCAACAGAGCGGCGAUUGAGUUGAUUCACGCAUAUCAAGUGAACAGAUCUAUGAAAAGUUUAAUUUCACACCCUGUCACAAGGUUGUUUUUAUUGUUCACUGCUAGAAGCAAGCCUUGUCUGAAACCCUGCUGCUUCACUGCCGCCCGCACGAUAGUAGACGUCUGCGUGGAUGGUGACAUGAGUCAGAGGGAAUCAAAUUGUGAAAUUCAACAGCGACUGGUGAUGGAGUGAUACAUUUCGGGCUUAUUUUUGUCCAACACUGAGCUAACAUUUGGAAGUGAAGACUGGAAUAAGCCAGAAGGCGCGCAGCUCCAUACUGAAGUGUUUAAGUUAGUCUGAGGGGAAAUUUAAAAGACCUAAAAAUACAGCGUUGGUUUCUUCCCUACAAAGAAUCAUUUGAACUUCCCACCGCAGAGCGAGAGCGACAUAAAUAGUUCUGACAUGUGGAUGUAAUUUUAGAGGAGGAAAAAAGACAGAUGCUGAGAAAUAAAGAGAGUGGGCUGAGCUGGGGCAUAUAGUAGAUUAUAGGAAAUUAAAUCGAGGGCUGAGCGAGGCGAUUACUGAGUUAUGAUUUCACAAGCCGCCAUAAGCAUCGAGAGGCCAGAUGGAGUAAAAAAAUCACAACUCGCUUCACUUUGAAGAGAGUUAAGUAGCUUAAAUAAUUUCAUCCGAGCAUCCUCGUUUGCGUCUGUUCGAGCCUCGCAAGGACUCUUGGAGGUAGAGUUGCCUCAGGUCAGGGAUGGGAUCCUCUCUGCUGCUCCACAAUCUGGACUUUCUUCUCAUCUCACUACUCAGCAGUUUAUGCCUGGUUUAUGCAGAUGAUGUGCUCACAAAAGAGGAACAGAUAGGCCUGUUGUUCAGAGCAAAGCGGACGUGUGAGGGGAACAUCAAGUCAAAGCAUAAGAUUUCUGAUGGUUUCUGCUCACCAGAAUGGGAUGGCAUUGUUUGUUGGCCUGAAGGGCCUCCGGGAAAGCUUGUGUCCACCGCCUGCCCAGAGUAUAUCUAUGACUUCAACCAUAAUGGACUAGCAUACCGUCGGUGUGACAACAAUGGAACGUGGGAGCAGGCCGCAACCAAUAAGACAUGGGCCAAUUAUAACGAAUGUGCAAAAUUCCUCUACCACAACUAUAGCUAUGAAAAGGAGGUCUUUCACCGUCUGUAUCUCAUCUACACAGUGGGGUACUCCAUCUCUUUGGGAUCACUCAUGGUGGCUGUUGUCAUCUUGGGAUAUUUCCGGCGAUUACACUGCACCAGGAACUACAUCCACAUGCACCUAUUUGUGUCAUACAUGCUAAGAGCGAUAAGUAUUUUUGUGAAAGAUAUUGUGCUCUACUCCGGAUCGGCCUUAGAGAACAUGGAAAGAGUCACAGUGGAAGACCUCAAGUCCAUCACUGAAGCUCCGCCAGCCAACAAAACACAGUUUAUUGGCUGCAAGGUGGUGGUGACCCUGUUCAUGUACUUUCUGGCAACAAAUUACUACUGGAUCCUUGUGGAGGGGCUGUACCUCCACAGCCUCAUCUUUAUGACCUUCUUCUCGGACAGAAAGUAUCUGUGGGGAUUUACUCUGAUUGGAUGGGGAGUGCCUGCUAUGUUUGUGACAGUUUGGGCAACUGUGAGAGCCACAUUUGCAGACACAGAGUGUUGGGAUUUGAGUGCAGGCAAUUUGAAAUGGAUAUAUCAAGUGCCCAUCUUGGCGGCUGUAGUGGUCAAUUUUGUCUUAUUUCUGAACAUCAUUAGAGUCUUGGCAACUAAACUACGAGAAACAAAUGCUGGAAGGUGUGACACAAGACAGCAGUACAGAAAACUGCUGAAAUCCACAUUGGUGCUGAUGCCACUCUUUGGUGUCCACUACAUUAUAUUCAAUGCCAUGCCGUAUACAGAGGUGUCAGGAAUUCCCUGGCUCAUCCAGAUGCACUAUGAGAUGCUGUUCAACUCCUUCCAGGGAUUCUUAGUGGCAAUUAUAUACUGCUUUUGCAAUGGAGAGGUGCAAGCUGAGAUCAAAAAGUCCUGGAGCAGGAGGACUCUGGCACUGGACUUCAAAAGAAAAGCUCGAAGCGGCAGUAACACUUACAGCUAUGGACCAAUGGUGUCACACACCAGUGUGACCAACGUCACUGCCAGAGGCCCGCUGGCCCUCCACCUCACCACGAGGCUGGGACCGGUGCCUGUGAACGGGCACCGAAACCUUCCCGGAUACGUGAAGAAUGGCUCAGUCUCUGAGAACUCUAUACCUUCUUCGGGACAGGAGCUUCACAUUCCUGAUGAGGAGCAUUCAGCACAUACACGACCCUGCGAAGAUGAGAAACCCUCACCUGUGGUGGAGGAGGAGAGGGAGACAGUCAUGUGACUUCCAGGACAGCUGCAUGUAGGGAUGAAAACAGGGUGGGGACGGGGGACUAAUCAUGAAACAGUCUCAGGAUGGUCUGAAGGGGAUGGCUGCAUGCACCAACACUGCCAGUUUUUUCCUCCUGUGAAUUGAACCAGAACAUUGCUGAGAGAUGAGGCUCAAAGCAAAAAAAGGGUGUUUCACUUAUGUGAGCUUGGCCGCCUUUAUUUGAGGGAUACCGACCCUCAUAGUUGUGGCAAAUACUCUCCUCUCUUUCGCCAACCACCUGCCACAGUGAAUGUGUAAAAAAACAACAUGAAAACAAGACUGACGUUUUUUAUUUCUUUUCCACUGCCAUAACUGUUGUUAUCUUGUUUUGCUUUUUAUUUUUUUAGCAAAUGUCUUGUGCUCAGCGUUUGUACGUAAAUCAAACUGGGGUUAGUUACAGUAGUUACCGGGAACAGCCUUAAUCACCGAUGUAAAGCCAGGUGGAUUUUGAGUGGCACAUGUGUGGGCAAUAUCAUCAGCGAGUUUUCGGAUUAAGUCUGUGUGGGUACACUGAGUGUAGGCUCGGCUUAUAAAAGUAUUGAUGUGCUACUAUUUUGAGGCAUCUGUUCAUGCUUUCUGGCAUGGUAUCUCAUUUGUUCUGCAUUGACUUAAAUCCACUUCAUUGUAAAAGGGAAGGUACUCAGGUAAUUGAAGUCCUCUGUUGUUGCACACCUAUUUUUAUACUUUUAAAGUGGUGUUUUAGCAUGGUCGGCAUUUCUCUGAGGAUGUUGGUUUGUUAUAUAAGGCUGUGUUAAAUCACUUUUCUUUUUCCAAAUGUUGUACUGUUUUUUUUUUUUCUGUUUAAAAGCUCAGCAUUCAUCUCUUUUAAUCAGAACAGACGUCAAAGAGUUCAAAUGAAUGUUUCAUAUUCAGAUUUUCUCCAAAAAUACCAUCACACACACACACACACACACACACAUAUACACACUCAACAUGAUGCCAAAGUAAGAGUCUUUCUUUGACAACUGUUUCUCUCUUUCAGUUCAGCGACAGUAUCAUAUGCAGUAUCACAUUUUUCAAAGCAGGAGAUCUAAUUUAAAAACACAGGGGGCAGGAAACGGUCACCUAUUUCAGUGGAAUCUUAAUUAGAUCAAGAACCCCAGAAAAUUCUGCUGGAAUUCCAAGAGUGACGAAUAUGGUGGAUAUGAAGGAAAUAAACCCAGAAAUGACUAACAUAGAGUAAUUUUAUAGACAGUCCAGUAUUGUGCUGCUUUUUGAUGUAUAGACAAGUCACAAUGUUUACAAAGAUCAGAAAUACAUUCUAAUUGUGAGCUAAUAGUAUUCAUGUGUCUGGAUAAUAUAAAGCUAUGUUUCAGUGUAUAUUUUUUCAUGUGUUUGUUUAUGGAAUGUUUGCAAUAACUGAUUCUGUAUAUAGUCCAAAACAAAACUGGUGAAUAUAUGUACAGGUGACAGAGGGCAUUCAAACGGACAUUUAAUGAAGCAUUCAACAAGUUAUUUUAAGACUCUGUACCUUCUUAUUUACAGCACUUAACUGGCAGAGUUUGCGGGUUUUGUCAUAGCAUCUAUUAUACCAAAGAAGAGAAGGCAUGAUUUGCCGCCAGAGAAGUUAUUUUGUAGCAAUUUUUCUUUGUUCUGUUUUCAUCCACCAUCUUGUUUACAGUUAGCAAAAGGUCUUAAAGUUGCAGUAAAAUCACCCUCCAUGAAGAAAAAAAUGUUGCUGGUGGACAGUGUAGGAAAUUGUCCAAAUAAAAGUGUGACAUAGAGUGCUGACACUGAUUUGCACUUUCAUGUAAACACAAGUGAAGCAAAUGAGAAAAUCAAAUACAAAUAAUGAACUAAGGCCAUUUAUAUUAAAGGAAGUUUUGUUGGUCUUAAUCCUGCACUUAGAUUUUUAGAUCAGAUUCACCUAAAUGGAGUUUACUUCACACAAAUUUCAGCUAAUAUGUGACCAAAGCUAAUAUGUGCUUUUUUACACAUCUGGUAUCCUACAUUUUUCUUUUUCUUUUUCUUUUUUUAUUUUACAUCAUACAGUACUGAUCAGCUCUAUUUUCCUCUUGUUUUACACUUAACACUGACUGACUGACUACCCUGGCUUUCCAGUUUUGGUCCACAUGGUGCUAGAUUCUUAAAGGUGUAUGCCAGGACUCAAUUUUGAAAGGUUAAAACGGGGCCUCUUUCAGUUUGUACUGCCUCUAUCCAGCAGAUUUAUAAAUGAAAUUACUUUUAAAUAAAUCAGACACUGUUCACUGAUUUCCCCUUUAGCAGUUUUUUUGAAGGAUGUGACUUGUCAAAGUCUUUGGAUUGAAAUUGGACCUGACUUUGAAGGGGAUCGGUUUUUAUUGCUACUCAAGGUGGAAGGAUUGAAUACAACGGUCACUGCAGGUGGCUACAGGCAAAAGGAAAAGACUGAGGUUGAGGGAAACCUCUGUCGCUGACCUUUACAGUAUCUUACUGUAUUUAACUAGCUUCUUUUAGCUGGCAUUCGUUGCGUUUUUCACCUUUCUCUGAAAACCUAAUUCUGACUUUGUGCCCCAGUACAGUUGUAUUACAGACAAUAUUUUAAAAUGCAGCUGACUGAAGUGGUUGCUCUUAACAUUAAAUUUGGCUCUCCACUAAUUGCCAUUGGCCAAUUAAACAUUAUGUUGCUGUUGUUUAAUACAGACAGUUUAACAAAAAAAAAUAAAAAAUAAAAAGACGGCUGAUAUCAGAGCAUGAAAAUAUUUUAUUAAAAAAAAACACUUGGAAAAUUAUAUUUGAGCACUUUAAUAUGCUAUAAUACAGUAUUUUGUUCUGAUUGUAUCAUGUAAAAUGAUUGUGCUUUGGGAUCAAGUGUACAGUAAGGCCAAUAAAUAUAGAGCUAA